UUCUCAAUUCAAAGCCCAAUGGCCAUUUUUUCCCACAAAAAACCUUCAAUUUCAAUGCCACUUCUCUACUUCUCUUUCACUCUAAGCCCUUGACACCAAUUUCAUUUUGAUUUCUUCAAUCGCCCUCAAAAUUUGCAGCCACCCAUCUCUUUAAUUUCCUUCUGUUCUCCGAUUCCAUCGUGAAUUCAACCUAUUUUCUUCUCAGAAUCACUCAUAGCAACAAUCCCAAAUGGCUUCACUUCCUUCUUUCUUCAGUUCUUCUAGUCCUCUUCAUCUUGAUUCCACCUUGUUUCGAGCUCCUAUCAAUGGCGGAAGAGUCCGCGCCUGUCUUAGCGUAGAACUACAAGGACCCAGUUCGACAAAGCUUCGAAAAGGCCAACUGGGUUGCUCGAGCGAGGAGGUGAUCGAUUCAGAACGGAAGCUUUUCGUCGGAACCUAUGCUCGUGCGCCGGUGGUUCUCUCCAGCGGUAAAGGAUGUAAACUGUAUGAUCUUGAAGGGCGAGAGUAUUUAGAUAUGGCGGCAGGAAUCGCCGUCAAUUCCUUAGGCCACGGUGAUCCCGAUUGGCUACAAGCCGUGACAGAGCAGGCGAAUACCGUCUCUCACGUUAGCAAUCUCUUCCAUUCAAUCCCUCAGGUUGAACUUGCAAAACGUCUUGUGGCUAAAUCGUUUGCGGAUCGUGUGUUUUUCACCAACUCUGGCACGGAAGCAAAUGAAGCUGCCAUUAAGUUUGCUAGGAAGUUUCAGAGAUUUUCUCAUACUGGAUCAAAAGACUCACCCCCUGUGGAGUUCAUUGCUUUUUCCAAUUGUUUUCAUGGCAGGACAAUGGGGGCUCUUGCCUUGACGAGUAAAGAGCAUUACAGAGCUCCUUUUGAGCCUGUUAUGCCUGGUGUUACUUUCUUGCCAUAUGGUGAUAUUGAAGCUGCUACCAACUUGAUUCUCAAAGGGAAAAUUGCUGCAGUUUUCGUCGAACCCAUUCAGGGUGAAGGUGGCAUUUUCAGUGCUACAAAAGAGUUCUUGCUUUCCUUGAGAAAUGCUUGUGAUGAGGCUGGAACUCUUCUAGUCUUCGAUGAGAUUCAAUGUGGGUUGGGUAGAAAUGGUCAUCUCUGGGCACAUGAAGCUUAUGGUGUAUAUCCAGAUAUAAUGACUCUUGCCAAGCCUCUUGCUGGGGGUCUCCCCAUUGGAGCCGUACUAGUGACCGAAAGAGUUGCGGCUGCAAUAAACUAUGGAGACCAUGGAAGCACUUUUGCAGGCUCACCGCUCGUCUGCAAUGCUGCAGUCGCCGUUGUAGACAAGAUCUCAGAUCCUGAGUUCUUGCUUAGUGUAUCCAGGAAAGGCGAAUACAUGAAGAAUUUGCUAAAGCAAAAGCUGGGAGAAAAUUCUCAUGUUAAAGAAGUUAGAGGGCAAGGGCUUAUCAUUGGGAUAGAACUGGAUGUGCCUGCUGGCCCUCUCGUAGAAGCUUGUCGAAACUUGGGUCUUUUAAUUUUAACAGCAGGACAGGGAAAUGUGGUUCGGCUUGUACCGCCAUUGAUCAUCACAGAGCAAGAACUGGAGUUAGCUGCUAAAAUUCUGCUUGAAUGUAUCCCUGUACUUGGCUGAUCUAAAGUUUAGCCGCUAGUUUUUUCUGAGGUCCAAAAUUAUACAAGAACACCUUGCUUAUCAAGUCUUGUAUGUAAUGAUAUAAUUUGAAAUAAACUUGUAUUUUGCUAAUUGGUUGUCUUAAAGCAGAUGGAAAAGGAGAAGCUUUUUGCAAGCA